GACAGAUUAUCUCUCAAAGACUGCAGCCCCACACUCCACAUGCACGUUCACUUACUUUUAGUUGUUCAUAUAUUUUCUUUAAAUUGCCCUUUAAAUCAUUUGUCACACAGAGAGAUUAUUUGGUAGGGUUAUGUGUACACAAGCUGGUCACUAUUAUCGCCAAUAUCAUCACCACCAACAUCAAUAUCAUCACUGCCAUCGUCGUCAAUGACAUCACUGCCAUCGUCAUCACUCUCAACAACAUCAGUAUUAACAUCGUCAUCAUCAACGACAUCAACAGCAUCCUCAUCAUCAUCUUCACCACCAACAACGUCAGUAUCGUCAUCAUUGCCGUUGUCUUUGUCAUCAACGACAUCACCAUCACCUUCACCACCAACAUCAAUAUCAUCAUCAGUGCCACUCUCACCAAUGUCAAUAUCGUCACCACCGUCUUCAUCAUCAACAUCACCAUCGUCACCUUCAUCAUCUCCAACAUCAGUGUCAUCAUCAUUGCCAUCAUCAUCAUCAUCGACGACAUCACCAUCGUCAUCGAUAUUAUCAACGUCCUUGUCAUCGUCAUCAUCCUGCGCCAUCAUCAUUCCCCCACCACAUGAGGGGGAAACACGAACAUUUUGCAAAAAGUAGCUGUCAAUGCUACAGGAAAGCGUGCAAGCACGCCUGAAGUGUGCUCAUGAUCGUAUAGAUUUAAUCCUGUGGUUUCUAAGUGAGUCAGAUAAAGUCACGCAAAGCGACGUGCCAAUUUACGCUCGGGUGUGUGUCUUUCACAGCUGUCCCCCCUAUGUAAGGGGCAUCUUUCAAAGGCAG